UUGAAACGAGUGCUUAUGCAAUACGGCAAUCAGCUGGGUUCAUUACCGACAGCAUCUGUUAUGGAGAAAAUUAAAUACCACGAAUACAAGAGGUUCAUAUACAGGGUGUUAAUUAAUGCCAUAUUUCUGAAAAUCUUGUAUAUGGUAUCAACAAUCACUGGCCGACCUACAGAAGAAUUUUGUAUUUUUGAUCGUGAUAUAUUGAAAUGUAAAGGAAAUUUACCAGAAGUUGAACUUCAGAACGUCACUAUUUUGGAAUUAUCCGCUUAUUUCAAAUCUGAACUCAAUCUCAGCUAUAUUGUGGACAAAUUACCUCGGGUUCAGAAUAUUUCUGUGGAAAAUGGCACUAUAGACUCGAUACUAUCUCCAAAAAUACCCAACUCGAUAAAGGUGUUAGAGUUGAGGAAUUUAUUGAUAACAAAUAUCAGUAGAACUUUCUUAAAGCAAUUUCCGAACAUUCAAGUUCUUAACUUAGAAGGAAAUCGUUUGAAAGAACUUGAUUUGGACUUAUCACAUGGGGAUAUUAGAGAGUUGUAUUUGAUAA